GGCUCAGCGCCGGAUCCACCCGUACGAUUGAUUUCCUUGUGGGUUUGAAUGGCGCACGUACCACCCCAUCCAAGGUACUUGGUCGUGGAGUCGCCCAAAAGUCACACCUUGGACCGAGACAGGAUCUUUCUCGUAGCUCCCCAGCAACGGCUUCUCCGAGCCCACAUCGCGAACGGAAGUGGGCGCGCGGCUUGUGCCGCCAACAGCUAGGUAUCCAACAAUUCCGCGCUU